AUGGCAAUGAGGGUGGUUGGAGGGCUGAAAAUGAUGACUUGUAAAGAAAAAAUUGAAGAACCAGAAUUAGUUACCCUAGAAAUAUGCAUUUUUAUUAUUAUUAUUUCAGUGUGUGCAGAAGCUUACAACCCUGAUGAGGAAGAUGACGACGCAGAAUCAAGGAUUAUUCACCCUAAAACAGAUGAUCAACGAAACAGACUGCAGGAGGCAUGCAAGGACAUCCUUCUUUUCAAGAACCUAGAUCCGGAACAGAUGUCUCAGGUGUUAGAUGCGAUGUUUGAAAAGCUGGUUGAAGGAGGGGAACAUGUCAUUGAUCAAGGGGACGAUGGUGACAACUUCUACGUCAUCGAUAGAGGUACAUAUGAUAUUUAUGUAAAAUGCGAUGGUGUUGGGAGGUGUAUUGGAACCUAUGAUAAUCGAGGAAGUUUUGGUGAGUUGGCCUUAAUGUACAAUACACCCAGAGCAGCUACAAUUAUAGCUACCUCUCCUGGUGCCAUCUGGGGUUUGGACAGGGUAACGUUCCGAAGAAUCAUUGUAAAAAAUAAUGCCAAAAAGAGAAGAAUGUAUGAAAAUUUUAUUCAGUCAUUGCCAUUUCUUAAAUCUUUAGAAGUAUCUGAGCGUUUAAAAGUGGUUGAUGUGAUUGGCACCAAAGUGUACAAAGAUGGAGAACAAAUCAUUGCUCAGGGUGACUUGGCUGAUUCCUUCUUCAUUGUGGAAUCUGGAGAAGUAAGGAUUAUAAUGUCAAGGAAGGAUAAACAAGAUGUAGAAGAGAAUGGAGCAGUUGAAAUAGCUCGAUGCUCAAGAGGACAGUAUUUUGGAGAACUUGCUCUCGUAACUAACAAACCACGAGCCGCCUCUGCAUUUGCUCUUGGCACUGUCAAAUGUUUAGUUAUGGAUGUGCAGGCAUUUGAAAGGCUUUUGGGACCUUGUAUGGAAAUUCUGAAAAGAAACAUUGCAAACUACGAAGAGCAGCUAGUUGCUCUCUUUGGAACAAACAUGGACAUUGCCGAUACCAGUGCAUGAACUAAACAUUGCAGCAACAAGAUCUGUUAUGAGAAUAUAGCACAGUAGUGGUUAGUCCACUGAGAAAUUGUCUUUCUUCCUAUAGAUGCCAAGCAUUUUCUGUGAUUUUAAGAAUGGGUUUGGGGGUAUUU